AUGCUACGCCUUUCACUCCUCGCGGCAAGCCUGGCUGCCGCAGCGCAAGCAAAACAACAGACCUACAGCACCGAGUCCUGCAUCACAAAACACCAACCAGCCCAAUCUGCUCCCUCUUCUGUCCCGACAAGCACGAGAACUUCUAGCCAGACUUCCUGCUACACAACUACUACCUGCGGAACGAUCACCACAACGACGACCAUCACUCCAGACCCAGUGUCAUUCACCAAGGGUGCUUCUGGCGAGCUUCUCCAAGCACGAGCGGCUGUGGUCGAGUUUGUUGGCGCGGAGGAGGUGACAUGUUCUACAACCACAACUAUCUCAUCGGGGGCCUCGACGCUUUACACCGGUGAAUACAGCAACAGCGUUGCCAAACGUACAGCGGCUGCCGCGAAUGCUCCUGCGCCGUAUGGAAAGUCCCGCAACCCACUGCUUGGGAAAGUCCUUCAUCGCUACGGACAAGAGGCGUUCAACGACCGUCAGAAACCAUUCGCGGUUGACUGUCUGGCGCAAGUCACAACAUAUGACGUCGCAACAUCCACUAUUCAAGACGAAACCGCAAUCGAGACCGUCACAGCGGCAACGCCAACAGUCUAUGUCACACUGAGGAACAAGGCCGUCGAAGACGAGCCUAUUGAAAUCACCAAGACAGUGACUGCACAAACUAUUACAAGCGGCGUCUGCACAGUUACGGCUGCGUCGUCAACAACCACGCAGCACUUGAAGUGUGCGCCAACGAACCUGAUCUCGGAGGUGGAUGGCUACGGCAUUGGCGAGACGCGAGGAGACUCGUCUAACACUCGUGGUCUGGCCCCUGGCAGUGAUCCAAGUGCGUGCUGCCAGCUGUGCUUGGAUACUGAGGGCUGCGCAGCUUCGGAAGACGACCCGGAUGCCGGCAACUGCUUCUUGUGGUACACUGAGCCUUCUUGUGGAUUGGGAUUCAAGUACACGACGGGAUCGCAGAAGUUGGAAGCUGGUGCGGGUUUCUUAGUACAGACAGGAUGUGGAACGAUCGAGGCGGCUGAUCAGUAA